AUGGCGGAUGUGCCGCAAGGUGGACCGAGUGCGGCGGUCGCGACCGAGGAGGCGACGGUUACCGAGACAGACCACACCGGCGAGCUACAGUGCGGGGAUGCGACGGCGGAGGUGCGGCAGGGCGUCGAGUGCGGCGGCGGCGACUGGUGGGCGGGGUUCGAGAUUGAGGACAGGCUGCAGAAGCUCCUGCGAAGUCCUGAGGCGGGCGCGGAUGGCGAGAGCCCGGCACCGGUUACUGAUCCCGAACCCCGUUCACUCCGAGUGCCACUGGCCGUCAGCUCUCCUUUCGUCCUGCACACAGCUGUGAGCGGAUUACUCGCCAGCCCAAUCUGGAUGGCCAUGGCGACAAGCCAGAAACUCGCAUAUGACUUCUCUGUUCUUCCCACAGAGCUCUGGGCUGCCAUCGUGAAAAGCCUGGAGAGUGCCGACCUACGGAGUUGUCUUUCGGUCUCGGGACUGUUUCGUGACCUUGCCCGCCCUCUCGUCUUCCAUCGCAUAAUAAUACGUGUCGGUGUAUGGAAAGUGGAGGAAGAUGAUGAACACAUUCUCUACAACGACGUCCAGCUCGCGGAACGACGCGCUGUCAGGAACAAGGAGAUGCUGCGGUAUAUCGCACGGGACGCACAGUUCGCACGGAUCGUCAAGGCAGUCCACGUGCGGGCAUACUGCGAGUGGGGAGAAGAGACACAGCUGGACAACGCACUGAUGAUCCACGCACUACAAGCGCUUCCCCAUCUGCGGUCAUUCCAGUGGCAUGGCAUCUCACCGGCACUGACACUUGCAGUAUUUGACGCGCUAGUAAAGACGUGUGGGACAUCACUCAAUGAAUUAACCAUCGGCUCCAUGCACAACGAUGGUGGAGCUCCGGAGUACCUCGCGCAGUUCAAGAGCCUGCAAGCCCUCUCACUAGCUGGGAAUCUCUGCGACCUGUUCCAUUACGGAGAGUCGGAGCCCGACCCGUUUGUCAAGACCAGCGUCCAGCACGUGCCCACCACCGUCCUCCACCUCCGAGUACUGGGGGAUGCAGUAUGGGACACCCCGCUGCGCGUGCUCUCUGGGCUAUACGAGCUCUCUUUGCAACGCACGGAGAACCUUGGGAAACUGGAGGUCGUAUUUCGAACCUGCGCGCAGUUGCGGACACUCAAUAUCUUGACUGUAAGCGCCACCGGCGGGGCACAAGCUCUCUUCGCGCUGCAGGCCGCGCCGGACGCUCUCCCGUACCUCACAUCGUUCAAGUUCAUCUGCGCGUCCGAGCUAGUCAACGUCAAUUUUGACGCGCUUCUCGCGUUCUUCAAGAACAAGCCUGGGAUGCGGCGGCUCGACCUCAGGCUCGACAUCCCGCUCGAGGAUUUGGGCAUCUACACUCGAUUCCUCGACCUCCUCGCCGGUCUUCCGGAGCUCGCGAUCUUGGGACUGAUGUUCAAUGUCCCGACAUUCACGCAUGAACAUCUGCGAUUGCUGGACGAGCGCCUUCCGCUAGGACUGUCCGCGCUCCUGCUGAGCUGGGAAUUCCACUCUGCCGACGACACUGUCCAGAAAGAAGACUGGAUCGCCAUGCUCAAGCGACGCCUGUUGCUGGCCUAUUUCCAUGUCCUUGUGCACAAAUUUGACUUGUGCGAGCUGCUGCUGAAGGAUCCCCCGCCCUCCCUCAAACUCGUCGGGUACGGCUCGUGUCUAAGCAGUCUCGAACGCGACCCGGCGACGGGUGAAGCCGCCUACGGACCUAUAUGGGACGAUGAGACGGUCGGCUUCCGGACGGUGGAGGAUUUCGGAUGCGAGGACUGGGAGUGGCUGCUGCGGAGCCACGACUGGGCCAGUCUGCUGCAACAGUGCUACUGGACGACCGCGCUCGAGUCUUGUGCGCUGAACACUGUCAAGAUCUGUUUCGGUGCGCCGCUCGAGUCGAAGCUAUAUGGAUUAUGUGGUCACGGUUCUGUGCUGGGACCGUCCAGCUGUCUGCAGUCAAAGCGCAUCAUUGCGGGCCACACUGUCAAAAUGUCAACCCAAGCGAACGUUCCCCGUAACAGGCCCCCUCCUUACGACACCUUGCCGGUUAUGUUGCCAGAUGACCGCCCGAAAUACCGCGGAAUGGAGUUUGUCCCACAGCGCCCAGUACUGGUGCGGGGGCUCACGCAGGCCCUCAGGAAGCCGAUCAAGUUUGAUACAGGACUCCAGCCCGACAAACUAUCCCGCAGGCUGCGUUUGGGUUCACUCUCACCACGAUCCACAAACACGCUUGUCCAAUAUAUGACGGACUAUUCAGAUGAUUCAGAUGAUUCUAUGCACCACCACAUGAACGGCCAGCUGCACAAAAUCUGGCUCGUGAUCACGUGGCCGGGAUACGGCGACCAUUGGGUGCAGAUCGAGAUCGACGGGACACAGCGCGAUCCUCGCCGGGUUCGCGCCAGGCUGUUAAUCGAUAUUGCUGAACAGUACCGACUCUUCUUGACAACGAUGCACUUGGACAAGCGGAAGGGCACCAACAAAAAGUGGUGCCAGGCGAAUCGUUGCAUCAUUGACUACCUGGCAGCACCUCUGCUGAGACAUUGCGGCCAAGACGUGUGCGGCCAAGACGUGUACCAGGCCGACAUCUACUAUGAUGAGGCGGGGGCGGGAAUGUUCACGUAA